GUUGUGUGUUGUUUACUGUGUAGAAUUAGUGACUGUUUUAGCAAAAUUCCACGAUUGCAUUGAUCUUCAGUUUAACAUUGCUUCUGCUGUUAUUUGAAAUGGCAAGGCGUUUGUGAGUGACCGAGUAGUUCUUACUGACAUUAUGGAUGUUGUUACUAGUUUGAGCCUUUUGGAACUUGACAAAGUUGAUUCGAGCUGGGCGGAGACAGUCUGGAGCGAUGAGUUUUGUGGUGUUGAAGAUCUACCUAUUGAAUACCAGAUGCAUCUUGUUGAUGCUGAUACGGAAAUUAUUAUGGAGACAGCCAUAAGAGCAGUGAAAGAGGAUUUGCAGAAUGCAUCACGUAGAACUUCUGCAAAUCCAAUAGCAACCACAUCCCGUGAUAAUCCGAGACAACAAGACGAUUCCAUAAGUUGGGAGCAUCUGAUAGCGAAUAACAUAAACCACAAAGAGCUGCUAGCUAUUUUGUGUUAUUUUGUACACAAUGGUCAAGACUUUUCGAAAGAUCUCACCUUGACAAAGCUGUGCCUGAAGUCUGCUAGGCUGUACUUUGCAUUGCUUGCAAUCCCCGGUAGUAGUGCUUUUCUUAUUUAUCAUCCAAAUCUAUACAGAAAAGCUUUAGAUGUGUUUGAUAUUGCGCGAAAGCUGAUGAAAUCUAACAAAAAUAAGCAACGCCCGAAAAAUAGAGGAAGGCAGAAGAAUGCUAGGAGUAAGAAGCAAGGGGAUUCUGAUGAAGAUGAUGAUGAUGACAUGGAUAGUGGUACCCUUCCUGCAGAAGACGUGAAUGUAUUGAUUAGUGAAUUGAAUUUAGUGCUUCUGGAUUUGAUAGUGUUUUCCGAAAGAUUUUCACUAAAAAUGGAUGAUGCGCUAUUGCAAACAAUAUUGCAUUUAAUUGAAGUAACUAAAUUGGAAGUGUUUCCGAGGAAUGAUUUUUCUUCGGUAUCGAAACAAAUGACAAUAGUUUCACUGGUAGGCAAUGCAUUUGUAGCUUUAUAUUCCCUGUGUACUCCAAACCAUGGCAAAAUUGACUUGACAGUAAAAUUGAUAAUGGAGAAUCUUUUGCCGUGUGUAUUAAUGACAGAUAGUUCCAGAGAUGGUCCAAACACUCUGAGACAAACGAUUUCGUUUAUACAGUAUAUGUUAAAAGCGCUACCAGAAGGUACUUGUGAAGGUAUCUACAUUCUUGUACAGCAUCUUUGUGCACAUAUCACAGACCGAGCAGAGUUUCGACAGAAAGGAUCCCAAAGUGUUGUUGAGAUACUCCGCUUUAUGCCAAUUGAUUUAUACACAAGAUUUGUGAAGUGGUUUUUUAAAUUUGCACAUGCAUCAAAAGCUUCUCAUCGAUUAUUCGCACUUGAUGUUAUCUCAAAACUGUUGCAAGAAAGGGAGAGAACAGAACUGACACAAAGUUUUAUUCAUUGUUCAUCACAGAACAGUUCAACAAAUAUUUCCUUAAAUUUACAGAAUAUGAGUAGUGGUAUUAACAUGGAAGUGAAUUGCCCUAGUGAAAAUGUGUCAGUCAUAGACUCAAACAGUGUGAACCAGUGCGAGUCAUCUGUUCAGAACUGCAGUGAUCCUUCUCUUCAAAGUGUAGAUGCUUCCUUGCAAAUUGGUGUUAAUGUGAAUGCAGAUAGCACGCAGAACUCAGAUAUUGUGGAUGAAAAUGUAUCACUGAAUGCAAAUAAAUCGCCUUCUGUGUCUCAUAAAUAUGUCCUGGGCACUGUUUUUUCAAGAUGCCAGGAUUUAUCGGGAACAGUACGGACCAAGGCGCUUUCUGUUUUAGCAGAUUGUAUUAAUUCAAACAACAGUGAUAUUCAAAAGAUAAUGCAAGCUGUUUUUGUUUUGCCUUAUGAGAAUGUCCCUGAAAUCUCCUGUGUAAUAACUGCUGAGAACAGUCUCCUGAACCACAAAAAAUUUAUGAAAUUUAUAGAAGGUGAUUCAACCACAGACUUUAAUCCAAUUCCAAAAGCAGAAGCUGUCUUAAGUGAAAUGUUUCAAAGGGCAGCAGAAGAUAAAGUAUUUGUACGCAAAGCAGCAUUCCAAGUUAUGGACAGCAUCAUGAAACUUAACCGUCAGUGGGUGCUAAAUGACAUUUUGCAGCUGAUGGGUGGACAUUGUUUAGAUCCAGCUGUUCUCAUUAGAAAACACAUGGUUCAGAGUCUUUCAGAGUUAUUGUGCUACUAUCCUGACCAUGAAGGUCUUCAGGCUGUUGUUGUUGAAUCUGUAUUGCCAAGAAUCUCUGACCCAGAAACCAAGGUUCAGGAAAAGGUUUUUGAGGCAUUCCACAGAAUAAUAGUUUGUAAUAUUGUACCAUUCGAAAAAGAAUAUACAGAUUCACACAAGCUUCCCUGGCAGAUUAUUAAACGUGUUCUUGAUAAAAGCAUGAAAAGACUUUUGUCUAAGACAUGUUCGUUCUGGUGCAAAAACAAUAUGAUCAGUACUGGAGUUGUGAACGCAAUGCAUACACACAUUGGGACCCCCAAUGAAUGUCCUGUGUGGCUGCUUCUCAGUUGUAUUGCAGAGAACAUGCGGAUACCUAAAGUACAGUUUGUUUUGGAUUACUUCCUAGAGAAUUUUCGUGAUUACAAGGAGAAGGAAUAUGAAUUGUUGUCAGCAUUGGAGGUACUGUUUUUCAAUUGGAAAGCAAUUAAAUCAGAAGACCAACAGCGUCUGGGAGCAGAACUUUUGAGAGCUGUGUAUUGUAUGGAGCUACCUAUAUCUCUUAUAAGUCCAGCACUUGAUGUGCUUGCUACAAUUGCAAGAGACCAUGCCAAGUCACCUGAAGAGGCUGACACCACUUGGGCUGCACAAUUCAUUGAGAUGUGUGAGGAUUACAUAAAGGAGCAUCAUCCUGAUACUGGGAAGAUGCCAAAUGUGCCAGAAUUUUCUCGAUAUAUUUUUGCUAUUGGUGAAGCUUCUCAAUACUGUCCUGAAGAAGUUGAGAAAGACACGGAGUACAGACUUGUAAAGCUUUUGUUUCCGAAAAAGCUCCCAGUGCCACUGGAAAAUACUCCACUGCAGGCCAUGGCUGUAAUUACACUUGGUAAGAUGAGCCUUCAAAAUGAUCUGUUUGCCAAGGAUGUAGUAUCCCUUUUGGGGUGUGUGUUACGUGAGACAGAUGAUAUAAUAGUAAAAGUAAAUGUCAUCAAUGUGUUGGCUGAUUUGUGUAUAAGGUAUACUUCAAUGGUUGAGCCUUUAAUCCCGGAUAUUUGUGUGUGUUUGAAAGAUCCUAGAGAAAAAGUGAGGGAAACUGCUCUUGUGCAGUUGAUUCAGCUCUUGCAGCAAGAUUAUUUGAAGCUGAGGGGCAGCUUUUAUUUCAACAUUUUCAGUAUGCUUUGUGAUAAGGACAAAACUAUUGUUGAUUCCAUAAUCUAUUUCAUCACCGAAUCUUUGUUAGUGAAGAACAAGAACAUACUUUACCAAAAUUUUGUUGCUGGGCUCUAUUAUUACAAUAAAUGUGAGACAGAAGAUAUGUUUAUGAGAACAACACAGACGCAGAAAGAAGCCGAAGUUUUCGAUUUAUCUGGUGAAGAUAAUGCUGAAAAGCGCAUGACACUAUAUAAAUUUAUGCUUGAACACAUGACUGAUGAGCAUCGUUUUAAGAUAACCUAUAAAGUGUGUAUGGACAUUCUUGGUGCUGUGGUGAAUGACAAAAUGUCACUGAAUGGUGCUGGUAGACAUGUUUUGAAAGAUUCACUGACGGUGUUGGCAUGUGACGAGAUCAAAUUGUCCUCAUUGCGGUCUCAAGGAGAGGAAGAACCUGCAGCAGAUGAGUCAGAAGCUGCUGCAGCUGUUCUUACUACUGCAAAGAAGACGAUUAUUUCCCAGUGUGUAAAACGAAAUACAAUUGAAAAUAUUGUGCCUGUUGUCAUACAACUGAAGACAAAGCUACAAGCUGCUAUGUCACCACUUGUUUUGGAUCUGAUGUCAUACAUCAAAGAAUUGAUGAGGGACUUUAAGAAUGAGAUUAAAGAAAUUUUUGCUGAUGACAAGACACUGGCUGCAGAAAUAUUAUUUGAUCUGAAGAAGCACGAGGAACAACAAAAACAACUGGAAGCACAAAUUGCUGCAUCUAGGCAGGCCGCAAGUUGCGACACAGUGGUAGAUGGUGAAAUAGAACCUGUACCAAGCACAAGUUCAGGUAACAGUCCCCAGACAGUAAUAGAGAAACCAGUUGGCAAAGGCGAAGCAGGGACACCAUCAGCGAAAGAGCAAAGCAAGAAUAUGAUCAAUGAAACAGGGAGGAGCAUACAACGUCUCUCCUCCAAGACUCCAAAUACAAAACAGAGCCAUGGAGAUAAUCAAAAAAGGAAAUCUUUAUCAAAUAAUGAAAAUAGAUCUGAGGCACAUGUUACACCAGGUACAAACACAACAGGAAAAAGUUCAAAUACUAAUCGUCUAUCAGAGAGCAAUGCUGAUGAAAGUAGGAAGAAGAGAAACUCGAACAAGAGUAAACCUGCAGAAAUGCAAGAGACACCACGUACCACCAGCAGUGCUCGAGAACAGCGUAAAAGCAUCGUACAAAUGUCUGCAGUAAGAACACCAGUGUCUAACUCAAAUACCUCUGGUGAUAAAGACAAAUUAAGUGCAAGAACACCAGCCGCUACAGCUAAGUCUGGAACAGUUACUGAGGCCAGAACAUCACAGCCCACUGUGUGUUCCUCAGUAGCUGCAGCAGGUAUCACUAAAACCCCUACCAAAGGUACAUCAGAACCUGUUUCAGAUCAUGCGUUCAUUACACCAAAACCUGUCUCAGAACGUGUUUCAAAUUCUGGAGCUACCCUGAGGCGUAGCAACAGUCGUGCAGGUACCUCAUCUGAAACAGCUUCUACUAGCAAUCAUCCAAACACGAUAAAAAGUGCAGCAUCAAAGGAUAUACCUGAAACACCACGCACAAGUAGAAGGCAAAGUAUUCAGAUACAGAGUGACAGUUUAGACCUUGCAGGUAGCCACAGACUGGGUAAAGAGCAAACACAUACAAACAGUUCUCAAGAUAGUGACAUUUCAUCUCAUAACAGAAUAAGCACCAAUGGGGCUCCGUCUCCUGUCACUGGUUCCUUUGACAGCAAAAUUGCUAGCAAAGAAGAUGGAAAGGCCACUCCAAAGAAUAAAACACUAAAAGUAGGUGUGCAUUCAAGUAAUGAAAGUAGUUCUAAUGUUCAGGACAAACGGGGGGAAAACCAACAUAUGAAGGAAAAACACAAAGUAUCUGUUUCAAAUAAAUCUCGAUCUACUUCAAGUACAACGGAGAAGGAAUUAACAAAUCAUGGCCAUAAACGUGGUGUAAAGAGAACAGCAGUUUCACCUCCUGUGAGCCCGGAGAACAGUGUAACAGAUGACACUACCAGUGUAAAUCGAAGACGCAGGAAGAAAGAAAUUUCAACCCAGUCCUGAAACUUCAAGAACAUGAGUAUAAAUAUUAAGUUAUAGAAGUAAGCCAUACAACGGAUAUUUGACUGUUAUAUCGGUAAAUUAUGAACUUCUAAAAUCACUAAAUAAAAAUAUGACUUUUUGAUUUAGAUUACUUUAGAACAAUAUUUACGUAAAAGUUACGUAAAAGCAGUA